GUGAUAUUAGCAACUCCUACUUCACUAUUCUUCUGCCAAUAUUCUGUUAACAGUUGUCUAUUUAUUAAUAUUAGUAUAACUUUUUGAUAUUGAAUGAAUGUACAUAUUCAUAAAAGAUCUAAGAUGUUGCAGUAUGUAUAAACACGAUGAGAAUUGUAUUCUGUGCUAUAGUUUUCGUAAUAAAGUUUUCAUUAUGGGGGUCCUUCAAAGAUCUAGAAAUAUGGAGGUAUGUAUAUACCUUGCAAAAAUAUGUUGGAAUAAAAGGAGGGCUUUAUGAAGUGUGGCGCUACUGUGAUUUCACGUGAAAAGAUAUUAUUCAGAUGAAGGACCAAGAUGAUAAGUCUGAAAAAUCAAAGCUUAAGAUACUAAAGCGUACUGAUUAUCUAAGUGAUUUAGAUGGACUUCUUGUGAACUCUAAAAAUUUCAAUAAACUCUUCAUACAAAGAACAAGUAAUGAGUGGAUUAAGACUCAAGUUGAAAAAAUUGUUGAGAGCCGCAUUCAUUUGUCAAAAUUUAUUGAAGUUCUAACAAAUUUCGUCGUAUCAGAAAAUCAUCAUCCGCAUGUAGUCCAACAAGUACUAGUUUGGUUAAGUUAUUUCACUGAAAAUCAUUCCACUUCAUUGCAAACACCAGAAAUUCAACAGUCACUGAGAAAUUUAUGUUCAUAUUGCUAUGAAACGUGUACACUGGCAAAAAUGUAUGUAGAAGCUGCUAAUCGUGGUAAUGCUGUUGAAAAUUGGUCAAAUGGUCAAAAAUAUACCGGUUACCUUCCCCGCAGAUUUUAUUAUACAAUUCUACCAAAAACCAGUUUUGUAUAUAUUGACGAUGAAAAUAUUGUUAAAAAACGAAAAGUUCUACCAGCCAAACGCAACUCAAUUGAUAUUAAAGAUGAUUUCACUAUCCCAGAUAAUGACGAUAACGAUGAGCUAAUGGAUUUAGAUUCAGUGUCUUCUAUGAUAGAAAAUGAAUCAGAAUAUGAACAAGAAUCCUUGUAUGAAUCACUUGGAGAGUCUGAUGGUGGUGUAUUUGAUGUAAAUGAACCAUUGUCAUCUGAUGCUGAACACCACCACCACCACCACCACCAACAACAACAAAGGCGAUUUCCCUUUGUCCCAGAGGAUGAAUGGGGGGAGCAGGAUCAAGCCGAUCUAUUUGAAGCUGAAAGUGAUUCAGAUGAUUUUCAGUAUCCUGAUGUUGAUAAUGAUUGUCCUGAUAAUAUUUCUGUGUCAAGUACAGAUUGUGUAUUGAGGAAAUAAGCCAGUAGAAAAAGAAAUAAAAUUUCCAAUCACACCUUUACCUAGAAGUUUACUGCAUUAGCAGAAGUUAGAAUUCAUGGGCCAAUUCAUGGAUCGGGUCGCAGUGACUUAAUGGUCUACGAGCUCGCCUUGUAACGCAAAGGUCCCGGGUUCGAACCCCGGUGGGUGCGUACUGCUGAAGAUAUAAUGUUUGGGUUUUGUCAGAUUGAUAAGUUGACAAGCUAAGUACUGAAUAAACAGUGAUGCGAUUAACCAAUCGCGUGUUGGAUAGCAUACUGUGAAAGAACCAAGAAGUGUUGCUGUCGAGAGACUCACUCUCCUGUAUGCUGGUGGUUGGACUCACCACCAAAAGAAAAAGCUUCAUUCAGCUAUCCUAAACUGUAAGUGCAUCUCAUUAAUAGACAAUAAUAGUUCUACUCUAAGUUCAUUGACUUAGAUGUAUUGAAGUCACGACGAAACGCGAUAAAACAUCAUUAUUAAUAACUUCCUUCUGUUAUAACCGAAAUCAUUGUUCAUUCAUUCAUUGAGACAUUCACUUUUGCUGCAAUUUAUUCAUGGAUUUACUUCCAAAUGUAUAUAUUUGAGCUUGUGAUGUUCACCAUGUUUCCAAACCUAUGGACUCAAAAAUUCCGAAGAAACAAUUGGCAAAUGAAUUUGUUUUAGUUACCGCGAUGAAUGAGAAUACAGCUUGCAACGGUGAUGAGUUGCACUAUAGAAAUUGUUCUAUUCAUUUUUAGUAAAUAUCGGAUGACUGUGUAUGUGUGUGCAUGUGGCGCAUUAUUUUGGUUCCCAUACGAAACUUGUGGUAUUUUUUAAUAAAUGCAAUACCCCAUAUUGGCCCACAAAUAUGGAAAAGGAAAAUAAUACAUCAUAAAAAUGUAUAUUAGUCAACCAAACAACCUUUUUUAGACGACGAAAGCGUACGAUAUACUAGCGACCCCUUCCUUGAGAAACCUGAACUAAGGAUUGUAGAAAUGUUACUGUAUUUAGCGUUUGUUUAUUUAAAAGGAGAACCUCUUUGUAUCUGUCAUUAACUAAGACUCUUGUUGUCAACUUCAGUCUUAUCCACAAUUAUGCAAAUUUGCAUCUGGUUCCUGUAGUACAACCGUUUCCAAUGUUUGCUGUAUCGUUCUCAAGUUAUUACUUAGUUGUAGGUGAGAAACAUUCGAAGGUAUGUUUUACAACAGUGCUAACUUUGUUGGGAGUUUACGGUGAGAAAUUCUCAUUUCACUACCAACUAAAAUUUCAUGCAUAAUCUGAUCUUAUCAGGUUAUCAUAGAACCUUCAGUUUAAUCUCUCGGAUCUCUGUGGACUCGUGAACCAACCUUUAGAUUUACCUUGCUUGUUUUGGAAAUACCGAUUUAUGUUACAAACUGAGUGAGAUUGCAUUUCAGUCGACCGACUUCGGUUAUAUCAGUCAAGCACCAUAUGAUUUACGUCGUGCCGGUUAAUAUACUAAAAGUACGCAUGUACUUGGCAUUUGGCAGGUCCAAACAAUCACAUGGGGGUAACAGCAGUGUUCAGUACAUUUUGUAUGGAACAUACAACCUUGAUGGUUGCACGGCUGUUCUAUCAUACGUCAGGUUAUCGAUUUAAACUCUGCCUUACUCGUAGAUUUGAUUCAGCUUUUGUUUUCUCUUGAGAUGAUACUUAUCGAAAAAGAAGCAAUAUGGAAGAGGCGUCAUGUAUUAUUGAUUUUUAAAAGUUAUAUGUCAAAUUCCGCGCCUAAUAUUUGUCGAAUUGUUAACUCGUUUUUUCAACUUCAAAUAGUUUGACUGUCAUUUGUUUGAAUUUUCAGGCAUCCUCCACAUCUUCAAAACAAUCACUUAGCCUCUUUCCAGAUGUUAAUGUCAACGUAGAGUGUACUUCAGCUCGUCAAGAUGAUUCCACUGGUGAGAAGGAAGGAAAAGAGGACCCCAGUGAGUCGAUGAUGAGUAGUGACAGUGAGUCAACAAAUGAGAAUUCAAAAACAAAGAAUAAAUCUAAGAAAAAACCACUGCGUAAAUCUAACAAAUUAGAAUCAGUCUCAAAUGAAUCGCCUGACAAUCGUCGAAAAAGUCUUAGAUCAAGUCGCAAAAAAACUACACCUAAAAAGUGAAACGUCACUUAUAUAUAAAUAGAACAAUACUGUAAUUAUAUUGUAUGUAUAUAACAAACCAAGUUUAAUAUAUUCAUAUCUUUUAUCACUCUGUUGGUGAAUCGAAACAAAUAAUAUCAUAUAGUUCAUUGUAGAUAUGUAUCUUAGUUUCCACUUCCAUGGGACUACAAUGUAUAGCAUUGAUUUAGUCGUUUCAUUUAUGUGUUGUUAAUGUGUUCUGCAUAGAAGAGUAGGCGUCUUCCGAUGCUUUACUCGGUUUCCGUUGUAGUGCAUAUAUGAAGGUGUGUUACAGUAAUGUCAUAUUUCCAUUGCUUUAUAGAAAAAAGCAAAUUUGAUAUACCUCUUGGCAGAGGAAGAAAGCGACCACUUUCUCCUCAUAUAGUGUUUGUGAUAAUUGUUGCAGUUGUAAUUUCGUGUUUAAUUUGUAUGUAUAAUUGCUGUUGCCUUUCAUUGCAUAUAGUGUAAUAUAAGAUAGACGAAAUGAUAGCCUUAUAUGGGUUGCUGUUUUACUAGAGGCUUUGUAAGGCUUUAAGUUUUUUUCGACAAAAAACAGGACGAUUUCUGAAAUUAAUCGUAUAAUUUGCUAUUUCUUUGACAUGUUUUAAAAAAAGUAAUAAAGACAUGGGAAAAUCGUCAUCCAUAAAUAAACGCAGUCAUAUCACUUCACGGUAAAUUGUGUGACAUACUACGUUACAUUCUCACUGUUCUCAAUAAGUCUUUGACUUUUAUAUUUGUUACUUUACUUUAAAAUAUCAAAUAAAAGUGUCGAAUAAAUUCAGCCAAUUUGUGAACCUCAAUCAUGUGACUGAGGGGAAAACAACUUUCAUUUGUUUACGAGCAUGUAUUAUUAAAAAUACUCGGCAGUUGAAUAAUUGUCGUUACAAAUAAUGUGAGUUUGUUCCUUUCAAUGGACCACUCUUUAAGCUCGCCAUGAAGACAUCUGCUAGGAGAGAUCCUAGUGAAGACACCAUCCUUUUCGAUUUCAAAUGACAUCGUUAAAUCUAAACAGCACAUUAAGUGUGCAUCUCAAUAAAAGCUGCUUCAGAUGGUUGGUUGGCACUCCAAUGUUUACGCAUUUUACGCCGAUGUAACCACAUGCACCGUUAGUAGAAACUAUUUGUUAUCUG